AUGAUUCCGCGCAAUGCCCAUAAGAGGUCGCUCUCCUCUGAACACCGGUCAUUAUCUCCUGACCGAACUGUCGUCAAAGCGAAAUCCACCACCGAUCUCUCAGACAGCGCUUUUUCUCAUGGAACGCAAAACUCCGGAUUCGAUGAGAGAAGUUUCAGCACCUUGCAGGACCCGCGAUUGAUGGUCGGGCCGGAGGUCUCAGAAUCAACGUCAUCAUCUCACCACCCUGAUUUGAGCAACGAAGUAGCAGCAUUAUCCGUGAAAUUGAUCCAGGCCAUCAACAACCAAACAGACCUCGAUGAUAGCCUGAUUGCUACCCGGCAGGAGCUGGAGCUAGCUCAGGGCAAGAUCCAAGCUCUGGAGUUCCAAAAUGAGAAGUAUCGGCGAGACAUUGAUAACAAAGUUUACAUCAAAAAGUUCGACUCUGAUCGCGAAAUCGCGCUAUUACGGGAUGCAUUAGCGAAAGAAACAAUCCAGCGUCUCGCUGCAGAGAAGGGCAGGAAGAACAUUGAGCAGGAAGUGGAAACGCUUACUGCGGCUCUCUUUGAAGAAGCGAACAAGAUGGUGGCUGCUGCUAAGAUCGAGCGGGAGGUGGUGGAGAAGAAGAAUGAGCAGUUGCGUUCACAAGUCAAAGACACCGAGUUGCUCCUGGCAUCACACCAGGACCAGCUUGCCGAGCUCAAGUCCGUCAUGCAAGCGAUGAACCUUCACAAAGAUGAUAUCGACAGCCGUGCUACUAUCACACCACCAUCCCCGGAUCAGCUCUCACAAGCGCAAGGUUCUAGUCACCACGAGACAGAGCUUGAACCCGUUCCUAUAUUGAUUGACAGCCCCGAGGAGCUCACCCCGGGCUCUUCCUCUAGUUUCCCACAGCACCUUCGUAUGGUAUGCCGGACGGAUCUACAGGCUUAUGAGGACUUCCGCGAUCUGCUAGCACUCUCUCGGAGCUCUAAACCCCCUAGCCGUGCUGCCAAUGGGCCAUAUGGAGGUCUGAACAUGAUGAGUCUGGCAAGCUUUGCCAGUGGAGGAUCUCCAUCGUCGACCUCAUCACCCUCUAGAGUGUUUACCCAUUCCCCCAAUGGGAGCAUGUCCUCCACAACGGGAUCGAAUUUUUCCUUGAAGGAAACUCGCUUCUACAAGCGGGUGCUUAUGGAGGAUAUUGAACCGACAUUAAGACUAGAUCUAGCGCCGGGGAUCUCGUGGUUGACACGGCGUACUGUUCUAAGCGGAAUCUGCGAAGGCAGUCUUGUCGUGGAGCCAAUGCCCCUUUCAGCCAAGAAAUUCGAAUUCCCCUGCUCCGUCUGUGGCGAGCGAAGACCCGGUACGCCUAACGAGCGAACCCAUCGUUUCCGAACGUCAGAUAGUGAGACCGCUCAAAGGUACUCACUUUGUAUUCUGUGCUUGGAAAGAGUGCGCUCGUGUUGCGAGUUCACUGGCUACUUGCGUCUCAUUCUUGAUGGACAUCUUCGGGCUGGCGAUACCGAAGAAGAAAAGGAAAUUUGGGAUGAGACUAUCCGCCUCCGAGAGAGGAUGUUCUGGUCCCGCGUCGGAGGAGGCAUUGUUCCAUUGUGCAAUCGCCCAAGCGAACCAGAGGCGGAGCCAGUCAGCACAGAGUCUAUUAAUGGCACCGUCGAGGACGACGAUGAUCGUUAUCUCCAUCCUGUGGACGUAACUUACCUCGAGUCCAGGAUAGAGGAAGUAUCAGUGACGGAUCAACUAACACCGGAGACGCCAACCACCGCAUCCCCUACUGGGCACAUAACCCCGCCCGAUCUUCCUCUACUUCCAAGUUCUAUCUAUGACAAGGACGAGGCUGCCUCCUUCAGUGGCUCGGAACGAAAGCGAGUUUCUAUCGACUCAGUAGCAAGCGUUUAUGAAGAAGCUAGCGCUGACGUGUAUGCCAACUCCACGGCGCUUGCUCUUAACGAGCCCUCGAUCAUUCAGAGUCGAGAGACAGACACAGACACAGACAUCGCCCAACCCAGUGCCACAGCACCUGCUCUCAAUGAGUCCUCGAUCAUUCAGAGUCGAGAGACAGACACAAAUACAGACACAGAUACAGACAUCGCACAACCCAAUCCAAUGGGUUGA